CUUUAACCUUAAAUAACUUUUUUUGCAGAAAUGGGAUCGACAGGGACUUUUAACACUUUAUUUGUAUUAAUGUACUCAAGAGUAGCUAAUACAAUUUGAUUAGAUUUAAACAGUAUGGCUCAAGAAACACUGAGAGUUUAUUACAACAACAAAUAUGCCGGCAAAUUAAUUAAAGAUCAGCUCAACAGUUCAAGUUUUCAAUAUUCAUUUCAAUACGAUAUCGACUACAUAAAUAAUAACAACGCAACAUUGUCUUUUAAUUUGCCGCUUUGUAAAGACAAAUUUGAAUCUCGACCUAACUUAUUUUCAUAUUUUGAAAAUUUAAUAUCUGAAGGGUGGCUCCGCGACAUGCAAUACGAAGCGCUUAAACAAGUUGGAAUAAAAGAUGUUGAUAAAUUCUCAAUUUUAUGCUUUUUUGGGCACGACCUUUUAGGAUCAGUUUCCAUAAAAAGUGAAAAACCAAUGCAGAAAAGACCAUAUUUCAACUAUUCAAUUAACAAUGAACAACUUUAUUUAGGCGUCCCACAGGGUACUACAGUAAACAUUGAAAGUACUGCAACUAUACCUGGCGUUCAAAAAAAACUUUUAGUUAAAAAAAACUACAGCGGACUAUUUGAAGUAACUUGUGCUAACGAAUUAAGUACGCAUAUUGCAAAAAUGGAGGUCAACAAGUUUCCAGAUUUAAUUGAGUUAGAAUACUUAAGCAGCUUGGCAGUUAAGCAUAUUCUUCCAGAUGAUGUUGUCUGUGGUUUAGAAAUAAGUAACAUUGACAAUUUUAAUGAAAAAGCAUUGAUUAUAGAAAGAUUUGAUAGAUCUGUAGAAUCGAAUUAUACUUCAAGUUCAAUAAACAAUGAAAACAUAAAGCGACGUCAUUUUGAAGAAUUUAAUCAGCUAUUAAAUCUUUCAUCCGAAAAUAAGUAUGAAUCGUCUUACGAUGAAAUGGCAGUCUUUAUUCACCAAAAUAUAAAGUUGAAUCGUUGCAAUUUAAAUGAACUUUUGAAACUUUUCAGAAGGAUCUUGGCAUUCAUUUUGAUUGGAAAUACAGAUGCUCAUUUGAAAAACUUUGCAAUGUUUCAUGAACCAGAGGGUUCGCUUUGUCUUACUCCAAUGUAUGAUGUAGUUGCGUCAGCUUAUUAUGAACGAUUUAAAGAAAUGGCGCUUAAGUUGAAUUACAAAAAAGCAGAAUUGUCCAAAUUGAAACCAAAAGAUAUUGUUGAUUUUGCUUUUAAACCAAAAGGGUUUAAUUUAUCUAAAGAGUAUUUAUUAGAUGUUGUAGAACAAUUAAGAGAUAAUAAACUUAACGCAAUUCGAGCAAUUCAACAAAAUGACUGCGUCAGCGAACACAGCCAUGUAAAAGAAAAACUUAUUAAAAUGAUCGAGAAAAGAUGGAAUGGAACGUUUCAUGGAAUUGAUAUCUAUUUGAAAAAAAUUAAAAAAUAAUUAAUUUCACCACCAUGAUUUUUUUAUAUUCAACUCCCAUGGUCAGGAGUACCUUUAUAGCAAAGAAAGAUUUAAUUAUUUUUUAA